GCGACUUGGGAGCUGUAAUUUGCUACUCAGAACCGCUGUGGAGGUGGGUUUUGUAGUGGGUCAGGCGCUCGUGUGUGGAAGCUGAGGGGCGAAGCGGCGCGCUGUGGUUUCUGGACGCCGCUACCUCGGCUCCUGUAGCCGUACUCGCCCUCGGCGCCCCGCCGUCAUCUCCGCGAUGCAGUCCCGGGAGGACGCCCCGCGUACCCGCCGCCUCUCCAGCCCCCGCGGCGGGAGGCGGCCCAAGCGGAUCUCCAAGCCCUCGGUGUCGGCGUUCUUCACGGGCCCGGAGGAGUUAAAGGACACGGCGCACUCGGCCGCCCUCCUGGCCCAGCUCAAGUCGUUCUACGAUGCUCGGCUGCUGUGCGACGUGACCAUCGAGGUGGUGACGCCCGGCAGCGGGCCUGGCACAGGCCGCCUGUUCAACUGCAACCGCAACGUGCUGGCCGCGGCGUGCCCCUACUUCAAGAGCAUGUUCACGGGCGGCAUGUACGAGAGCCAGCAGGCCAACGUGACGAUGCACGACGUGGACGCCGAGUCCUUCGAGGUACUGGUGGACUACUGCUACACUGGCCGCGUGUCGCUGAGCGAGGCCAACGUGCAGCGCCUGUACGCGGCGUCCGACAUGCUGCAGCUGGAGUAUGUGCGCGAAGCCUGUGCCUCGUUCCUGGCGCGCCGCCUGGACCUGAGCAACUGCACUGCCAUCCUCAAGUUCGCCGACGCCUUCGACCAUCACCAGCUGCGGUCGCAGGCCCAGGCCUUCAUCGCGCACAACUUCAAGCAGCUCAGCAGGAUGGGUUCCAUUCGCGAGGAGAGCCUGGCCGACCUGACCCUGGCCCAGCUGCUGGCCGUGCUGCGCCUGGACAGCCUGGAUGUGGAGAGCGAGAAGACGGUGUGCCACGUGGCACUGCAGUGGCUGGAGGCGGCGCCCAAAGAGCGGGGCCCUAGCGCGGCCGAAGUCCUCAAGUGUGUCCGCUGGGCACACUUUGGGGCCGAAGAUCAGGACUAUCUGGUGGGGCUGCUGACCAAGCCCAUCGUGAAGAAGUACUGCCUGGACGUCAUCGACGGGGCCCUUCUGCAGCUGCGGUAUAGGGACAGGUUGCACAAGCCUGUGGUGCCAGUGCCAGGCUGCAGCAGCAGCAAUAACAACACCGGCAGCAGCCACAGCAGCACCGGCAUCCUUGUGCCUACAGAAGAAAAUAUGCCCCAGAGGCUGGGCGUGUGUGCCAAGAGGAUGGUGAUGUUCUUUGGACACCCUAGAGAUCCCUUUCUCUGCUGUGACCCGUACUCAGGAGAUAUUUAUAAAGUGCCCUCACCAGUGACCUGUCUUGCUCACACUAGGACUGUCACCACCUUAGCUGUCUGUGUCUCUCCAGACCACGACAUCUAUCUCGCUGCGCAGCCCAGGAAAGACCUUUGGGUGUAUAAACCAGCCCAAAAUAGUUGGCACCAACUGGCAGAUCGCUUGCUGUGUCGGGAGGGCAUGGAUGUGGCGUACCUGAAUGGCCACAUUUACAUUCUGGGUGGGCGAGACCCUGUUACUGGAGCUAAAUUGAAGGAAGUGGAAUGCUACAGUGUUCAGAGGAACCAGUGGGCAUUAGUGGCUCCACUGCCCCGUUCCUUUAUAUCCUUUGACCUGAUGGUAGUUCAGAACUACCUCUAUGCUCUCAGCAGUAAGCACUUGUUCUGUUAUGAUCCUAACCAUAAUUCAUGGCUGAAAUGCGUUUCUCUGAAGCGCAGUGAUUUUCGGGAAGCCUGUGUCUUCAAUGAUGAGAUCUAUUGUAUCUGUGGCAUCCCAGUCAUGAAAGUCUACAACCCAGCUAGUGCAGAAUGGAGACAAAUUAAUGAUAUUCCCUUCGUGUUAGAGACCAACAACUCCCGGCUUAUCAAACAUGGCCAGAAAUUGUUGCUUAUCACCUCACAUACGCCACAGUGGAAAAAGAACAGAGUGACUGUGUAUGAAUAUGAUGGUGGAGAAGACCAGUGGAUUAAAAUAGGUACCACAUUAGGCCUCUUGCAGUUUGACUCUAAUUUUUUUUGUCUCUCAGCUCGUGUUUAUCCUUCCUGCCUUGAACCUGGCCAGAGUUUUCUUACUGAAGAAGAAGAUACACCUAGUGAAUCUAGUACAGAAUGGGAUUUAGGCAGAUUCAGUGAAAUGGAGUCUGAGUCAGAAAGUUCAAGUUCAGUUUCUGAUGAAGAUUUUUGGGUGCGGGUAGCGCAUGAAUGAAAUGCCCAGGGUCAGUAAGGUUUCUUACUACUUUCUCCAUAAGGUGUUUUAUGGCCAUGUAAAGUACUGUAGAGAGGUACCCUUAUCUCUUUGUGAGGAGAUACAGGCUUUAACUGCAGGUUUCACUUAGAAAAGUUAAUGUUUAAAAUACUGUAAUUUAAACCAGUCAUGGCACCCCACACCUUUAAUCCCAGAACAGGCAGAGGCAGGUGGAUCUCCAGCCUCAUCUACAUAUCGAGUUACAGGCCAGCUGGGGCUGCAGGGAGACCCAGUCUUAAAAAGACACACAACCCCCCCCCAAAAAAAAAACACUUAGGUAAUUAGACGUUACAAAAUUUUAGCACUCAAGUUACUUAAUAAUUUGCUGUGCUGAAAAUCCAGUAGUUUGAUAUUUAGUGUUUGCCAUUGGACUAAUUCUGUUUAAUUUUAUGGUAGAAAAAGUGCUUUGAUAGGAAUUGGUAGAUAGUGUUUUGAAAGGUAAUAUUCUUCAGAACAGUAUAGUGGGUUUCCACAGUGUUAACGCAGUGAAUUUUUUUUAAUACACUGGUUUCUGUCUUAAAUAUAGUUUGCUAAGUUUUAGUUUGGUUGCUCAACUGAGGAAGAAAGAUACACAUAUAAAUACAUGUAUGUGUAUAAUAUAUAUAUGUACUAUAUAUGUAUGUAUAAAGUGUAUAUUUGGGUGACCAUAUGGUGAUUUCAUAUGUUUGUAAUGUAAAGAAUGGCUGUAAUC